AUGACGACGCGGAUUCCCAUUGCGUUUCGACGCGGCCCACGCACGAAGAAGAAAGCGAUUGACCUCAUCAAGACGUGGCACGUCUUUCGCGGCGAUAAGGUUGAAGUGAUUGCUGGACCUCAUAAAGGCACACAAGGCGAGGUCGUGAGUGUCGUGCGGGACCUGAACAAAGUCAUUGUAGAGAACCUGAACAUGUCCCACCGCUACGUGAAGGCAACGCCUGCAGCUGCGGGGCGCUCGUACCUGUCGCCGUCGCCGAUCCACUACAGCAACGUGAAUCUCGUUGAUCCGUCAAUUGGAAAGCCGACGCGGGUCGCCAUUCGCUUUACGGAAGAAGGCGAGAAGGUGCGAGUGUCCAAGAAGACGGGCACGAUCAUCCCCAAGCCUGCCGUUCUCAAGGAACGCCACAACCCGCGACGAACAGAAACUGGACCAUUCGACACGGCGCCCGAAGACGUGUUGGACCGCACUGUGGAGGACUGGGAGGUCGUGCGUCUGUAG